AAUGACCGUGAGGAUGUUGUAGUUGGUACACGAGUGAAGACUGUAUUGAUUGUAUUAUGGCGUUAACACGUUUUACGCGAUUUCUCACAAAAUCCUUGCAACAGCUGGAGUCCAGUUUAAUACAAGCUGCAGGAUUUGACAGGAGUUUAGGUCCGGCUCUGGCAGUUCAGGGUGCCAGUCUUCUACCACAACCUCAGUCCAUCAGCGAUGACAGCAGCACUGAGCCCAGUUUUCUGGACAGCAUUUUCUGGAUGGCAGCACCCAAAAAGAGACGCACCAUAGAAGUGAAUCGCUGCAGAAGACGGAACCCAAAUAAACUGAUUGAAGUCAAGACGAAUAUUGAGCCCUGUCCAGAGUGUGGGAACCUAAAACAGAAGCAUAUUCUUUGUGGGUUCUGCUAUGAGAAGGUUCGAAAGGAGACGGCCAUGAUAAGAAAGCAGAUUGAAAUUAAGGAAGGACGUCCUCACAAUGCGCCGGUGGUGGAGACCAUAGUUUUGUACGAGAAUGAAAGUCCUAGUGAUGCAGACAAGGGAAAGAGAAUAAUAGAGCGUAGCAGAAAACGUCCCUCCUGGUUUAAUCUGUGACUUACUGUAAGCUUUUUUGUAUAAUAUAAAAUUAUUAAACUUGUCUGACAGCC